AUGGCGCUUUCCGCGUCGCUCAUGGACGCUUCAGCCAAAGGCUUACGUGCCAACACCUUGGGGGGAGCGGCGCAAGCCAUCCGUGGUCGUCGCCGCAUCUCAAACGACAGGAGAGAUCGUACAGCAGCAGCAUCCACGCUCUCGGCCUGCUGUAGCCAUCCUGGCGGGCCCCGGCGCCGGUCAACGGUGCCGGUCAACGCUUAUGGUCCAGCCCGCCCUGGCCUCAGCGUUGGCCGUGGCGGCAACCCUACCCCCUUUCAUCCGCACCUUGUGCCGCUUAGCAACCUUCUCGGAGACGUGGGUACAGCAGCGGCAGCUGCUCCUCAAUUCUUGCAGCCACCUCAGGAUGCGCCGGGGUUGGCGUCUUCGCCGCCGCCGCCGCCGCUUCCAGCUGCACCUCAACACUCACGACUGGCUCAGGACGCGGCGUCAGCGGCUGCGUCACUGCCGCUGCCAGCUGCAAGGACACUGGUUACUCUCCGCCAGGGCAUGCCACACAGCCGCGGGGGGGCCGCCGUGGCCCGUGCUGUGGCGCCCGUGCUUACGAUGGAGUCCUCCGUCACCGCCGCCGCUAUCUGCGCCGCUACCGACGGCGGAUUGCCUGGCGGCGAUGGCGGCAACGGUAGCGGCGACGAUAUGGCCGUACAACGUGUACGGUCUGGCGACCUGACGGCGUAUCUGGACCAGGAGCUGCUGUUGGGGACGUCACCGGCUGCGCUGGAGGCUUCAUUAGUGGAGCUUUGGAGUGGCUUCGAGACCAAGUUGAAGGGCUCGAUCUCUCAGUCUCCCGGUAUCGGAAGUAACGCUGGUCAGGAGGACGUGGAGGUGGACGUGGAGGUGGACGUAGCGGAUGGCGGUACAGGGGGGCUGGGGUCGAUCGGAAGCGUGCCCCGCUCGGCGAGGGGGUCGCGGGGGUCGGCUGGGACUUCCUCAGCUGCAGGGGACAUCAACAAUGAGACCGUGUGGAAAGCCUCCAACAAAGCAAAGAAAUGUUUAGAAAGGCCAGCCGUCACGCUCGGGCGGCCGCGGAGAGGUUGCGGUCCUGGGCCACCGCCGCCGGGGACCGCCGCCGCCGUCUCUCCUCGUCGUGUGGGGGGCCAGUUCGUCCCGGAGCUGACGGCGUACAUGACGGAGGAGCUGUUGCUAUCGCCGCCAGAGGUGGUUUCGGAGCGCGUGGAGGCGGCCAUGAGGCGGCAGUGCGCCUCCUUGGAUUCCACAAGGUACCACCAAGACAAGGCGACCAAGAUGCNGCAGGCGCUUGUCUCCGCGGGGCGGUUGGACGAGCAAGGGCUGCAGCAACGAACAGCCGCACUGCUCGAAGCCGUACGGCGAGUACGGCGUUGGCUGGAUGUGGCUCCGCAGCUGCUAGGACUGGAGCCAGGCUCCGGUGCAGGGCUCGGGUCUGGUUUCGGAGCCGGGUUGGGACCUGCGCUGAAUCGGCCUGGGAGGCCGGGAACAAGGCAACGAACCCACUUUGAGGAUUCCGAAGAAGCGGAAGUGGGGGCAGUAGCAGCGAGUGGCGUCGAAGCAGAGCGCGCUGGAGUGGUAGCGGAGGCAGCAGCAGCAGCAGCGGCGGAGGACGAGGAGGAGGAGGAGGAGUACGAGGACGCCGUGGAAGCGGUAGGGAUUGGAGCGGGACCAGGAGCAGCGUCAGAGGGUACCGUGUCGCGCCCCUCCUCUUCCCCCUCCUCCUCUUACACUUCGGGGGGAUUGGUGGGGGCAUGCCCUGAGGUUAUGAUGUUGGCGUUACAGGAGGCGUGGCGGACGCGACACCUGAAGAUACUGCAGCAGCUAGAGGCGCUGCGAUUGGUGGUUUCGGUGCGCUCUCCUGUAGAGAUGCUGCUGCAAACGGAUUUAGGGACAGAUCCGGAUCUGGGUUCAUCUUCACCGGAAAACCGGAAUCCAGAUCUGGAUCCGUUUGAAGGCCUGCAGGAGCAGCAGCAGCAGGAGGAGGAGGGAAAGGAGGAGGGGGAAGGGAGCAGGCGGCGGAGGCGGUGGUUGACUGCUCUGUUGGCGGCGCAGUGGCGGGGGAGGGCAGUACGGGGAAUCGGUAUCGCCGCUACGGAGUUGGAGGAUGCCGUACUUGACGCUUUCCGCUCCGGAACCCUGGACCGGGCUUCCCUGGAGCUUCGACUCAAGAUAAUCGCAGACGCCAAGAUCCAGGCGGUCAGGGCGGAGGUGGCGGCGGCGCCGCCGAAGGGUGAUGGCGGCGGAGAGUCGGAAGGCGGCGAGUCGGCGGGCAGUAGCAAAGGUCAACGCAGCGCCGGUGGCGGUGGGGGUAGUCGGGCCGACUACACGGGGCGAGUGGCGUAUGUGACGUUGUGGUUGGUGCUACAGCCGCCGGCGGCUGUGUGCCGCGCAGUGGCGGAGGCUGUAGCCGGGCGCGGCGAGGUGGUGCUGCGCUUUCAUCGGCGAUGGGUCAAGGAGUCAGCCCACAGGGCCCACGGGCCCGGUUUAUUGAGUACCGGUCAGCUGGAGGACUUGAAGCGAGAGUGGCAGGGCCGUACGCGCGAUUCCGUGCGCUACCAUGCCAGCGUAGCGCUGCGCCGUGUGGCGGACAUGUACAGCCUGCGCGGCGGGGUCGUCACCGGCGCCGCCGCCGCUGCUUCGGCGGCGGCGGCCGCCGCCGCCAGCCGUACCAUAGAGGAAACCUGUAAGGAGGCGAUUCGACUAUAUGCGCUAGCACGUCAGGAACGUCUGACGGGCGUGCGCAUGGCGGCGGAGGCGGAAGCUGUCGCCAGUGAAGACGCUGAUACGGCAGCUGCGAAGAAAGUGGCGGCGGAAGCUACAGCGGCGGCGACAGCGGCUUCCACCGACGUCGACGCCGACAGUAGCGGCGAGGGUACGGAAAGUGAGCCGGAGGAGGCGGCACAGCGUACGGCUGCGGCGACGGCCGCUGGCCUGGGCGCCGGGUUGGCGGAGAUGGACUGUACGGCACGAGCGGCGGUGCUAGGUGUGGUACGGCAAAUGGCAAUGGAUGAUCUGCCGCCGGCCCUUCUGGACCCCGUCGUACAGCAUGUCUUACGUAAUGAUCUGGACGAGCUAACCCGUACGACGCAGCUAGCGGACUACAUGGGACCCAUGGGUCAGAACGGCCGCUCCCGACUGCUGUUGAGUGCCCGCCGCAAGCUGGGUCGUGUGGCGGCGGCCGGCGCACUGGAGCCCCGGGCGGUGGCUGUAGCAGAAACGGUGAUGCGAAACGCCGUAGUGGUGCUACAGCUCCGGGGCAACGAGCAGCUGAUGAUCAUACUGGGGGGGACGCCUGGCGGCGCCGCCGCCGUCGCCGCCGCCGCCGAGUCCGCCGAGUCCGCCGACUCGCGUGUGGUGGAUGCUCUGAUUCAGAACUGGGAGGGGUUGCCCCUGAGCCACAAGAACUCCCAGGUCCAGGGACUUCGGCGGAAUCUUCGAAGAGCGAUGGAGGUAGGGCUGGCGGACGCGGCGACGUUGCGGAGCGCGGAGGAAAUCUUGCGACGGGCGUCGCUGCAGUCGUACUUGGUUCGCAAUGGCUACGACGCGGCGGCGGCAGCGGCGGCGGCAGCAGCUGGCGCAGCGGCGGCGGAAGAGGCCAAGGCGGAGGCGGCGGCGGUGGCCCUGCCUGAUGCGGCCUUCUGGCGGCGGGUGGUGGCGGAACCCGACUGGGGCGCCGUACAGCUGGCGGAGCAGUGGCGGCCGCUGGGCCCGCGGGCGCGGAAGCGACUCAAGCGGCGGAUGCUGCAUUCCCUGGACCGGAUGGCAGAUAACGGGGAGAUCGACGACGCGGCGGCGCAAGCCGGUGUGGUUGCAAUGCGGAGCGCGACGCUGGCGCUGGCGCGAGAGUGGCGGAGCGUCAUCAGUCAAGCGAGUGCCGUCGCCGCCGCCACCGCGGCGGGCGGUGAUAAUGGCGAAACUAACGUCGUGGAAGAUGACUUCGACGGCUUCGACAGCGCGUCGAGCGAGUUUGGAUCCGACGGGUCGGACUUCGACGAUGGUGACGUCACCAUGUACGAAGCCAACGCGGAGGAGGCGACGACGUACGGUUCCAGGACCGAUAGUGGCAGCGGCCGCGUUGAGGGUGAAGAGGAGGAUGAGGAGGGGGAGAAAGGAGGAGGCGGCGGGUCGUCCGGCUUCAUGUCGGAAGGUGGUGAUGGCGGUGGCGAAGGUGAAGGCGGAGGCACUCCAAAGCGCGCUGCCUGGCGUAAGAGCUCUUACUAUCUUCGCGCUGCCGAGUUGGCGGUGCUGCAACCAAAGGCGUUGUACGAACGGCUUUUGGACGAGCUGUCGGCAGCGGAUUACAUAGGAAGGAAACGACUGUUGGAACGUAUCCGGGAGCAGGUCCGUGCACGAUUCGACGGUGGCAGCAUCUCCGCCGCCUCCCUCCGGCAACUUCUCACUUCCAUCGCGGCCGCCAGCAACGCCGUCGGCAAGUCGAAAAUGAGAGCGGCGGCGCGGAGGACGCGCGGCGGCAGGCGCGCCGCCGUUGACCCAGCGAAUGCUGAUGAAGACGGUGAAGGUGACGGCGGCGGCGAAGGCGGCGGCGAAGGCGAGGAAGAGGGGGAAGGGAAGCCGCCUUCGUCUUCUGGGGCCGGUGAUGGCAGCGGUGGCAGGAGCCGUACGGGUCGGUCUCGUCGUACGACAACCCACGUGAUGGAUCCAGAACAGGAAGCGGCACUUCCAAGUGCCUGGGACGCUAUCCGUACGGAGAGUCUGCUACAGCCUCCCGACCAGCUUCAAGCCGUGCUGGAGUCGGCGUGGAUUCGCCUUGACGCGCACUCGCACAAAAACCACCACCACUACGGCCGCGAGAGACUACGACAGCUGCGGGACGGCGGGCUGCUAAAACCGCAGGAGUACGCGGCGCGCAUGGCGGCGAUGGCGGCGGCGGCACGUCGGGCUCGACUGGCGAGAGGGGAGGUACUCGCAAAGCCGCGCGGUCGAUGCGCAACGGUACACCUGGUAGCUGAGGCGGCGGAGGAAGCGGCUGCACCGCCUUCGGCGGCAGCGGCGGCGGUGCACCGGAUCCGUACGGCACUCCUAGAGGAGUUCGAAUCCGAUCCGGAGCAAUUUAAGGCGACGGCUAAGGAAGCGAGGCUGGCGCUGAAGGCAGAAGUUGGAAGGAACCGGUCGCCAGCGCUCGUCGUACCGAUGACGCUGCCCGCCGCCGCCUUCGCGGCGGCGGCAGCGCCGCCGGCGGCGGCACCGGGCUUGGAGGAGCCGUGGCUGGCGGCGACGCUAGGCCUCAACCCGGAACGCGUGUUGAGAAUCUGGGCGACGGUGCAGUGGCGUCCGUACAGCAUCGCAGUUGAGGAUAAUGUACGGCAGCUCCGGAAUCUGCUGCUGGCAGCGGCGGGUGGUUCUCUGUCGCCGCUGGACGAGCAACGCCUAGCGGCGGGCAAGGCGGAGCUGGCGCUGUGGCAUCAGCAGGCGACCUUGUUACGUAAGGAGCUGCACCAGUUGGCGAUGUCGAAAUGCAGGGGAGAACGUAAAAAGGCGGCGGCGGCCGCUGUCGAAUCGCGUGCCGAUGGCGAUGCUGGAGAUGCCGCCGUCGCUGCAGCCAGUAGAUCUAAAAUCCCUCGGCUCAGCGUCAAGCAACAGGCGCUGUUCGUGGCGGCUCUCCAGGGGCGCCUGGCGGCGGCGGGGAUCGACCUGACGGAGCCGGCAGAAGUGCCCGUGGAGCUUAACCACCUGUACGGCAGGCCGUCGACGACCUUGAAGCUGCAGGCCGUAGCGGCGGCGCCAGCUACUACGGCAGCGGCCGAGAGCUUAAACGGCCACGGCGACGAGCCAGAGAAACAGCUCGCCGCCACCGCCGCCGCUGUAGCUGCUAGGAGUGGCAGCGGCGUCGUCGGCGGCGGCACAUACCAGCCUCUGUAUGGGUCGGCGGCGGUGGGCUCCGGCGCCCCAUGGGUCAUUCCGCCGGCUGAGGAGCUGGUGACGGCGGGGCGGCAAGCGGAGGCUCUGAUGGACGAGCGUACGGCACACCGGCUGCAGGUAUUAUUACAGGAGCAGCCGACGGUGUUCCAGUUAUUGUCGCCGGCGGCGGAAUUACGACAAACCGCCAUUGAUUUUAUCAAGGCCGGCGGCGGCGACAAUUCGUUGCCUCAAAAGCAGGCGGCGGCUAAUCUCCUCCGCCACCGUUUGGAUCAGCUGCGCUCCUGGGGCAUCAUAGGGCCCAAACGGCACGUGGCGCAGCUGACUGUCGUACAUCAAGUUUCCUCUGCGUGGCCGUACUUGGUGCGCGGCGCGAAGUUGGACGAGCAGGGGCAUUUGGUUGCUGCAGGGCUGGAGGGCGACGACGAGAUCAAUCGGGCGUUGAGGUCGAUGUCGCCUCAGGAUCUGCAGUUGUGGCUGUUGGGCCGUUGGCGACCUCUGUCCGACGUGGAGCGCAAGUUGGACGCCAACGUAAUUCGUUGGCGGUUGCGACGGUUGCUGGAGAAGGGUCUCGUUUCCGUUGAGGAAUUUGCGACCCGACGCGACGCGAUGGGUGUGGUGUCCUCUCGGUGGCGCCAAAUCACUGAAGGAGGUCUGCGUCUAGAGUUCGCGAACAUGAUGGCGCGACGUGGGGGCCGCAUCGGUGCCGGGCGACCGCGUCUCUCCCCGUCCAACUCCUCUUCGGCCGCGUCGUCGUCGUCGUCUGGUUCCUCUCGGUCGUCGGCGCCGACAUCGCCGUCGUACGACUGGCUGCGGCGGUCACGGCGAAGUCGCGCGGAGGUCGCGGCAGACCGCGCUGCUGCCGCUGCCGCUGCCGCGGCGGCGGAUUCGACGGGGGUGAAGCGCAGGCGGGGCCGGCCGCUGGGAGGCGGCUCCGGAACUGCCCGCGGCAGGGGGGCUGUCGAUCUGGAUCUGGAAGCCGCAUAUACGUCGAUUCUGACAUCCGAGGAUAUGGAGGUUGAUCCGGUUAUGCGGUCGUUGAUUGUAUCGUCGCAGCACAAGGAAACGAGUGGCUACGCUGCGGCGUCGGCGGCGGCGUCGGCGGCGGGCGGGGUGUACGCCGCCGGCUUGACGGGGCGGCGACUGAACCAAUUGCGCUGGCUUUCCAGGGCUACGAUGCCGACUACGUCGCCUGCAGGGGGUACGACGGUUGACGGCGGCGGCAGCGGCGUGGUCGUCGAUACGGAAGCUACAACCGUAGUUGCAGAGCCGCCGCCGCCGCCACCGCCGGCGGCCGCCGAGUUGCCUCUGGAGCUUCUCAAGAAGGUAGCACGGUUGGAGCAGUUGGUACGACGGCAGCAGGCCAACGUAUCCGCACUGCAGCUACAGCUGACGCUACAGCCGAUAAUGUCGCACCAGGCGGCGGUCGUCUCAGACUCAUCUCCUUCGAACUCCGGGAACGAGCAACAGCAACAGCAACAGCCAGUAGACGCGUUCAACGGGUCGGACGAGUCCCAACGCCACGCACAGGUGCAAUUCCAUUCCAAUGGAAAUGGGGACGUACAGCGUGAGAAGGAGGAGGAGGGCGGGGCGGCGACGGGGAUGCCGGCGGUGGAGGCGGCGGAAGCGGAAGAGGCGGAGGCAAGGCGAUUGCUGGAGGUCGAACUCGCCACGGCAAUCUCUGUCCUCGGCCAGGCGGAAGCCCGGCUUGCGGAGUGGCGGCAGCGGCUGCCGCCGGCCGCCCAGGAGCUACUUGGGGAGCUAGUACGGCACCAGCAGCUACAAGACCAGCAGCAGCAACAGCAAGAGCUGACGGCGGAAGUUGGGCCCGCCGUUGCCGGCAGCGGUGGCGGCGGCGAUGGCGACGCUUUUACCCGUACUGGGCUGUCUUCCGGCGCCGUGGUGUACGGCGAUGGGAAUGGCAACGGAAACGGUGACGGCUUUAAUGAACCCCGCCAGUACAACGGCAACGACAACGGCAACGGGUCGUACGCCGCCAGUGCUGUAGCAGAAAACAACGGGGUGGCAGUCGCUGCAGUCGCAGCGGCGGAGGCGGCGGAGGCAUUUCCGGUAAGCCAUCCACUUGCGGUCCUUAGCGGCGGAGAGAGCGACGGCGGCGGCGUCGACGGCAGCGCGACCCGCGUCGGCGGUGUGAGCAGAAGCGACGUCGACGUGGACGAUCUUCAUCGUACAACUGGGUUACGUCUGGCGGGUAUUGCCUCGCCUGACACCAUGUACGAGUCAACGGAGGAGGACGACCGCGCUGUCUAUGAGGACGGCGGCGCCGGCAGCGCUGACGAGCAAGGAGAGGAAGACGAUAAGGGAAAGGAUGCUGAAGCGGACUCGGCCGCUGUCGACCUGAAAGCACUUCGUGAGAAAUUCUUCGCCGCGAUCCCGCCGCCGGCGGUGCUGCAGAAGAGCCGCGCGGCGCCGGGGCCAGCGGCGGGGCGGGAUGGCUGGGCACGAACCCGGCGAGAGGGUGCCGUACUCCGCGGGGGAGGGUACUCAGGCGGGGUACGGCCGCAGCAGCGGCAGCAGUCGCGACGAAGGUACCUGGAACGCGAGGAGGUGGAGCGCGAGUAG